AUGACACCCAACAUCCCCGAAAUCCUCCUCCUCUGCAUGGACAUCGACUUCCAAACCACCUUCAACUCCACCCUCAAAACAACCUGGCCAAACCACAACGAAAAACUAAAAAUAACGCCAAUAAACGAACGUCUAAACUCCCUCCCAGAAAAAACAACCUUCGACCUAAUAGUCUCCCCAGCAAACUCCUACGCCCGCCUCGACGGAGCCUUCGACCACGCCAUCUCAACAACCUUCAGCCCGCGGGACUACCACGCCCUAACACGCGCAGCGCAGAAGGUUCUUUACGAAAAAUGGCGAGGUUUCGCCCCGCCCGGCUCGUGUACUCUUGUCGAGUUCCCGGAUGAGCUAAAGCAGAAUAAGUACGGCUGCGGGUGGGUGGCUAUUUGUCCGACGAUGCGGGAGCCUGGGGAUGUGCGCUGGGAUCGGGAGGUUGUGUAUGAGUGUAUUUGGAGUUUGUUGUGCCAGGUUGAGGGGUAUAAUCGUUCUACAGAGGUGGGGAAGAUUGGGAGGAUUCUUAUGACGCCGUUGGCUGUUGGGGUUGGGAAGGUUAGUAAGGAGCGUUGGGCGGUGCAGACGGUGUUGGCGCUUAGGCAGUUUGUUGAUGCUGUUGAGAGGCCUGGGAGGUGGGGGAAUUUGGGGUGGAAGGAGAUUGAGGAGGAUUGUGUUGAGAUUGAGAGGACUUGGGAGUUGUGA